UGUAUUGGGCAAUAGUUUGCAGUCAUAAAAUGUUUUAACGUCCUUCUUUAAACAAUCUCCUUCAUAACUUGGAGACCUCUUCACCAGCCGGACUUUUUACAGUGUUGUUGUUCAAAUAUAAUUGACAACUAUGGCUCAACAGGAAUACAAACUUCUCGGUGAUAAAAUGUUUACCUACAAAGGCACCGUUUUUCCGGUGGAUGACACGCAAGAACUUACGACGGAGUACAUCGACAGCUUGGAGCAUUUUGAGAUCAAGGACAGUGAUGUAUAUCUCGUUACAUUCCCGAAAUCAGGCACGGUGUGGACCCAGCGCAUCGUCACCCUCAUCUUUGAGGACGACUUCCCAGGGAUGGUGGACAAGAUCACGUUUGAACGCAUGCCCUGGCUGGAGUUCCUGGAGAAGGGGAAGAGCUACGACGACCGGCCCUCCCCGCGUCUCUUCUGCUCCCACCUGCACCAACACCUCAUGCCCCGCGGCCUGCAGAACCACAAGGCCAAGGUGAUCUAUGUGAGCAGGAACCCGAAAGAUGCCCUGGUCUCCUACUUCCACUUCUCCAAGUUCAUGAAGAAGCUGGACAGCCCAGAACACUACGACGAGAUGCUGGAAAAGUUCUUCUGCGGGUGGAUGGUUGGAGGCUGCUGGUUUGACCACAUCCGGGGUUGGUACACCAACAAGGACAAAUACGACAUCCUGUUCCUGACCUAUGAGGAGAUGAUCAAGGACCUGAGGUCAGUGGUGGUGCGUUUGGCGGAGUUCGUGGGGAAGAGCCUGUCGGACGUGGCCAUCGACCACAUCGUGGAGCGGGUCACCUUCAACAACAUGAGGAGGGACCCCAAAGCCAACUACGAGUUCCUGCCUGACGAGGUGAAGGACCCGGCCAAGGGACGCUUCCUCCGGAAAGGUACCAUUGGAGAUUGGAAGAACUCCUUGACUGUGGCCCAGAGUGAAAGGUUUGACCAGGUCUACCAGGACAGGAUGAAGGGCCUGCCUCUACACUUCAUCUGGGACAUCACUGAACUACAGGGAUAGAAUCAACUCAUCAACAACAUGCUAUGUUGUAUGAUAUUACUCGUAACAUAAUAUGUGAUAAACCAGCUUAAACAGCAAAACAUAUAUUGCCUAUAUAUUGCAUGUAACGUCUUAUGUUUUACAAGUUAAUUAAGCAGCGCUUUCCGCUCUUUUAUGCAGUUUCCAUGACAAAUAAAAAUCGUUCGAAAACCGUU